CUGCAGCAGAGGAAAGUUUUCAGAACUCCCGGCAUUUGCUAGAGGAAAGGUCUCUGGAGCUUUGCAAAAGGAGGAAUUAUUUGCAUACCGACGCUUUAGCUGUGGCAGACCACUUUCCAUGCUGAAGAUGGACCAUGCAAACAUGACUCAAGCCAUGCUUGAUGCUGAAUCCCGCAACGUGGAGAAGAACAACAGCAAUGAGUAUUUUUACAUUCUGAUCGUCAUGUCUUUCUAUGGGAUCUUCCUGAUAGGGAUAAUGCUGGGCUACAUGAAAUCCAAAAGAAAAGAGAAGUCAUCCAAUUUGCUUCUGCUCUACAAAGAUGAGGAGAGAGAGUGGGGGGAAGCUGUGAAGCCCCUACCAACCAUAGCGGGGCUGAAAUCUGCCCAGAUCCCCAUGAUGCUGAACAUGCUGCAGGAGAGCAUGGUGCCCUCCCUGUCCUGCGCCAUCUGCUCAAUGGAAGGCAGCAGCGUGAGCUCCGAAUCCUCCUCCCCAGACGUGCACUUCACCAUCCAGGAGGAGGUGCUGGAUGCUGAGCUGGGGGAAGUGUCAGAAACGCUCCUGAACGAGAGCAGUGAGGGAUCUGCAGAAAACAUCCACAAGAACUCCUAGCACUUGCAGGGCUCCCUUGAUCAGCUGCCAAAGCGUGAGUGGAGCUUCCACUAAGAUCUUCUGGUUUACUUUCCUGCUCCCCAAUGAACUCUCAACAGGUGCCUGUGCCCCAGGGCCUGAGGUGUUCCUGAGAGCUGGCAGGACAAGGAAGCAGUGGUGCCCAACUUCAAAGUGCAACUUGCACAUAAUUGGGAUGCUGAAGUUUUUCUAUUAAUUUUUCCAUUACUAUUUCUUGCCAUAAGAGCUAAGAACAAGGAGAAUAUAUAUAUAUAUAACUUUUAAAGAGGUAACUAUUACUGGCAUGUCUCUGCAUAUUUCAGAAUUCUGCAAAUAUCUGGGAAAUGUUUAGGAAAGUUACCCUAACACAAGUGCCUGGUUGUUAAAGACAAUUGGUAAUGCUCAUUCCCACAGGAGUGUGAUAGACUAGAAAUACUUUUAUUGUGUUUUUCUUAUAACAAUCCACAGCCACCAGCUCAGUGAGACCUCAAAAGCUGAAAAGCUGUCAAUACUGUAGUUGGAGGCAGAUUGCAGCACAGCUGGAGCCUGACCUCAGGCACAGAAAAAAUAAGAAGAAAAAAAUAAAAAGAGGCACCAGAUUUCUAGGAGGUUUGUAAAGCUCAGUUUCAGGUCCGUGCCACUAUAUCUAUCUUUGCUUAAGUUGUACCUGUACUGGCUGGGUCGGGUUCACUAACUUCUGCUGCAAUCCAGCCUUUGAAUGAGUUACUAGUAGGAAAAUUUUUUUUUUGUUUUUCUUUUGUACUUUUUAAAGACUUGUAUAUUUGGUCACUAAUGGCAAAGAUCUGUAAAUUAAGAAAAGACAUUAAAAGAUCUUUGCUACAAGGUGUAAGACGUAGAAAGGCUUGAACAAAUGCUGCUCUUUUACGCCCCCUUGAAAAAUAGGUGGAAUUCAAAAUAGAAUUUAACCUAGCAAGAGUGAAAUCCAGGCCCUACUGAAGUAAUCAGCUGAGUCUUCCUGACAUGCACAAGAUUUUGUGCUUCUCUCUUGGGGUCAAAUUCUCCGUUUCAGAUCAAUAAAGCUGUACCCAUUUACAUCAUUAGAGAAUCUGGCCUUUCUGCUGUGUUUAAGCCAGUGUAGAUAAACAUUGCAUUACAUCUUUUUUUGUUUGUUUGUUUUAAAUCAGCUUGCGUGUGACACAUGCAUUUCUAUAAAGUCAUUAGUAACUAGUUUUUAAAACCACCACAAACUUCCCCUAAUUUAAUGGUACUGUGAUUUUUUUCAAAUGCUCGUUAAAUUAGUUUCUAAAUUAUUGCACUGUUGAAAGAAGUAAUGUUAAUAUUGUAGCAGUGUAUGAUUAUUUUAAUCAUGCUGUAUAUUUUUGAAUAACUUAUUACAAUGUUUGGAUUAGUUCUGAACCAUGAGGGCCAAAGAGCCUGAAUCUAAAGCAUUGCACAGCAAAAUGUUUGCAAAACGUUUCCACAUAUUUCCUGUGUUAAAAUAGCUCUGUGGUUUAUCCACUGGCAUUAGAGCUUGAGAGGCAGCUUGAAAUAUCUGAACACUGAACAGCAGAAAUGAGCUGAGGCAGGAGCCUGCUGUUCUUCUGCCACUUAGAAGGAGGAACUCUGGUUUUGGCUUGGAGGGUUAAUAGGAUGGGAUGUAGCCUGCAGAGGUAUCGCUGUCUCUCUCUGAACAAAGGCUCCAUUGUGCUCAGAAAGGGCCUGAUUCGGCUCAGACUGAAGGCAGUGGGAGUUUUUCCAUCCACUUCAGUGAACUUUGGAUCAGACCAUAUAAAGCUUUUUGGUAGAUUUACUCCAAAGGGGGCUGUUUUAAGUUUGAAAGAAGCCAAAUUAAGUUUGGCACUUUGCCUGGAAUCACUUGAAUCCUGAAACUUUCCAAACGAGACUGACAUGCGCGAGUUGUCACAUUUUCCAUUGCUUUCUCCUUCGUCCUUUUACUUUGGUAUAAAGGUAUUUGUAUCUGUAAAAAUCUGAUGUAUAUGAUUCCUAACAUUGAGUUGUAUAUAAUUGUCUCAUGUAUUUAAAGUUUAUUGUUUCUACUGGCACUAAUUUUUAUUUAAAUAAAGAAACACGUUUCCUGGAAAA